AUGACCAAAACUCCAGAAACCUCCGCUCUCUUCCAUGACGUCAUCGAGGAACGCGCCGCGCGAACGAUUCAGAGGGUAUAUCGUGGCUAUCGAACGCGACGAGAGCUGCGUGGUCUCGGUCUGACUGCUUCCACUCGAUGGGUUGAGGCCUUUCAAGAAGCUCAGUGGCACCAGCUCCAUCAACCACUCGAACCUCACGUGGCACCCGAAAAUGGUGGCUCCAACCAAGCUCGUCGAAACUGGCAGCGAGCGGUAAGUGUCGCUCGGCGCGUUGGCGGCGACGAUUGUGCUUCCGAAGUUUCCUCUCCCACAGGAAAUCGAGAAGAUGAUACGGAGAUUGCAUCAGGGGCUAUUGCAAAGACCAUGGACCUUCAAUACUUUCUCGAGAUGGUUGAUCUCAAACAUCGACACGGAAGUAAUCUGCGCUUAUAUCACACCUAUUGGCGAAAUUCAUCAUCUAGGGAAAACUUCUUCUAUUGGUUGGACUAUGGCGAUGGAAAAACUGUUGAAAUUCCAAAAUGCUCACGAGAGCGACUUGAGAAAGAACAAGUCCGCUACCUCACUCGCGAGGAACGUUUGAAUUACAUGGUGACGGUAGACGAGACUGGCCUCUUCCGGUGGGUCAAAAACAAUGAGCCAGUAUGGACAACUACCGCACAUUUCAAAGAUAGUCUCCAGGGUAUUGUGGGAAUUGAGGAUGAUGUGCCUGAAUUCAGUGGAAACUCCACAACCCUACAGUCAGAUUCCACCUCGGAGUUAGCGCCAUCGCCGUCAACAUGGGCACCAGCUUCGUCGUUGUCAUCCUCGUCAUCAUCAUCAUCAUCAUCAUCAUUAUCAGCGUUAGAAUCUACAGGACAGAGCCUUGACAGCGCCAUCUCGAAUCAAGACCCAGCAUUGGUCGCGGAUGAGGCGUACAAAGCUACAAAGAUGAUGAAAAAGGUGAUGCACGCAAGCCCCACCGCUGCGUUUAAGCGAAUUUUGGGCAAGUCCCCAGAUAAAGAAGAUAUGUGGUUAUUUGUUGCAGAUACUUCUUUUCGUUUGUACAUUGGCAUAAAGAAAUCAGGUGCCUUUCAGCAUUCAUCCUUUCUUCGCGGGGCCCGUAUCGCAGCAGCUGGAAUGAUUAAGAUCAAACACGGCCAGCUUCGAAGCCUGGCACCACUUAGUGGUCAUUAUCGCCCCCCAGCUGCCAAUUUUCGGGCAUUCCAUCACGCCCUACAGCAACAAGGUGUUGACAUGUCCCAUGUUUCAAUGAGCAAGUCUUAUAUCAUGCUUGCUGGGAUUGAAGGCUACACUAAAACGAAACGCAAGGCACGUGCCGUACAUGAGAAGCUUGACAAUUCCAAGCAAAAGUUUCAUGGAUCCGAAGAAUGA